AUGCCGAAGGACGCUUUUAGUACGGAAAAGCUUCUUCCCGUACCGGUGGAUGUCGGCGAGGGUGUACGCACGCUGUCCUAUGUGUCUGCAUGGGAGCAGUUCGCUCUUGCGGCCUUUUUGCAGCGCUACUGGGCGGACAACCAGGUGAGCUGCACAGUGACGUUCGACCCGAAGACAGAAGGAUCACAACUUGCUCACAUGCUGGACUACUUCCAAUACCAGCUGAAGGGCAUCAGUCUGCUACCGAAGCUGGAGCUGGGCGCGUACAAACAAAUGCCGUACGAAGAGAUCAACGCCGGCACGUACCAUAAGAUGAGCCAGAGCAUUCAGCCUCUGCAGUUCAAUGUGAUCCUGUCCACAGAGACCGUGAUCAACAUUCCCGACAAGUAUUGCGAGGCCUGUGUGACGGAUCCAGAAGCUUAA